GCAAUAAAAAAAACAUAAAUACCGAAAUACUAGUCACGUAUUGUAUAGUCUCGAAUACGCCCUCCUUCCCUGCUCUCCUUCCUUCUACUAUUUUUUUGCUCUUUUGCAACAACAACCUUUGAUAGCAAGACGCCAUGGCUGGAGCAGUUAUCAGAGUCGCCACUCGACUGGGACAUCAGGCGAAUGCGAGGAAUCUUUCCUUAAUUGCCCGUUCGAGUGUCCGUGUUACCGGCUUCCUGGUUCCUCAACCACAGUUCGCAGCUCGUUAUGCUCCAACAUUGGCCCACCUCCAUCGAUCUGUCUUCUACAGCACAUCCACCACUGAGCCCUCCAAGAACGCAGCGGCGGCACCUGUCCAACCUCACCCAGCACCCCUGGAAGAUCUUAUCAAGCCUAUCGGUGCUGGAACUGCUGGUUCAGUUGCGCCCGAGAACAUCCACAACACCGUCGACCCCGUUGCAGCGGCUCUUCAAUCCCCACCAAACGCUGGGGUCGUAGGGAAAGCAAGGGAUUUCUUCCGCAAGGGCAAGGAAAUUGUCAUCCAAUGCAAGGACGGCGUCAAGAUGUUGUGGGUGAACAAGAAGAUCGUCAAGGACCUCAAAAGGGCUCAGAAGGAAGAGGGACAUCAAUUGACCCGUCGGGAGUUCCAGCUUGUAGGGAACUCUUUGUUCUAUUGUUAUAGAUACCCAAUCCCUGGGAACGCCAAUGUUCAACCAUUUUAAUCGCUUGCACUGACCGCUCUGUCUUCUGUUCACUCAAUAGAUCCACCAGACGGAUAUGAACCUCAAACGAUUGAUUCCCUUCGGC